AUGUGGUUGUCAUUUCGCUACUUUCAGGCGUUUAUCAUGAAAAACGAUUUGAGUAUUUUUUACACGGAAGCUGCUUAUUUAGUUUGUCUAGUCAAGGGACAAGUUUGUCGAUUGAAAACUGGUUUGUAUACUAAUAAAUUUACAAGCAAUUUACGAAAAAUCUAUGCAUUAGCAUCAAAAACUCUUAGUUCCUAUGGUAUAUUACUUCAAACUCUUAAAAAAGCCAAUCUUCAACCAACAACUAAAAUUAUCCAUUUAUCUUCAAAAAACAAUCCUAACAAUAAUAAUGAUAAUGAUGUACAUGCUUGUGUUCAUUGUUAUUUGAUUGUUUUAAUUCAUGAUUUAUUAAAAGAAAAGAAAAUAUGUCAUCAUUAUCUACUUUCACAAAUUCAUGAAUUAACUAAAGAUUCUUUAGCUGUAAAAAAACUUCGUCAUGCUUAUCAAUCAGUUGAUAAAUCAUUCAAAUCACAAACUGAAAAUCAAAGACAAAAUAAAGGAUUACUUCCAUGUUAUGCUCGUGUCAAUUUCUUGAAAACUACACUAGCUGAUGUUAUUGAAAAGCUUGAAACUUGUGGACUUAAACAUGUGGAAUAUAAUCGAUCAGAAACUUCUUAUCGAAAAUUUCGUAAAAAAGUUUGUAAACUUGAUCGUGGUGAAUUCAUGUUGGAUUAUCAUCUCCCACAUCUACUGUUAGUAUUUCCCUCUGGUACUGCUUUACAUGAUUUAGAAUUGUACAAAUCUAAAUCUCUACUUAUUCAAGACAAGGCCAGUUGUUUCAGUCCGGAGAUUCUUCAACCAGAUCCAAAUUCAGAUGUUUUAGAUGCUUGUGCUGCUCCAGGGAAUAAAACAUUACAAUUAGUUUCUAUGUUGUCCAAUAAAUCAACCAUUUUCGCUGUGGAUCGUGAUCCAAACAGAUUCCGACGUUUUACUGAAAAUCUAAUUGUUAAUGGAGUAGAACGAUUGUCAAUAAUGGAUUGGUCUAAUUCUAAUAAACAAAAUAAUAAACAUAGAAAAUCUGUUCAAAGUUCACAACCAUCCGUUGAAGCGUAUUGUUCAGAUUUCUUAUCUAUAGAUCCAUAUAAUCCAAAAUUUUCCAAUGUUCAAUCAAUUCUUCUUGAUCCUUCUUGUAGUGGUUCUGGUUUAUCAAUUCGUCAACCAGAUGGUGGUGAACAAUAUGAAAAAUGCACAUAUAAAGAUAGUAAUAAUUAUACAGAUGAAUAUAAUGAAGAAUAUACAUCUCGUUUAAAACGAUUAUCGAAUCUUCAAGCUAUGUUAUUAAAACAUGCAUUAAAGUUUCCAAAUGUUCAACGUGUUGUCUAUUCAACUUGUUCAAUACACCCUGAAGAAAAUGAAGCAGUUGUACGUGAAAUUGUUGAUUAUGCAUCAGAUAAAUUUUAUUUAGAAACAAUUUGGCCAUAUAUUGCAUCAUCUUCUAAUUCUAUAAAUCAACCAAUAUGGAAACAUCGUGGUCUAUCUGAUAUAUAUCAAUGUGAAUCAUGUAUACGUUCAUCUGAAAAAGAUUUAACAAAUGGAUUUUUUGUUGCUUUAUUUAUAAAAUAUCAAUCAAAUAAUUCAUUGAAUGUUACAUCAUCAUCAUCACCACCACCACCAUCAUCAUCAUCAUCAUCAUCACCAUCACCAUCAAUUAUGACUACUGAAUUAGGCGUACCUGGUUAUUUGAUCUCUUCUCUAUUGAAAGUGUCGUUGAUUAUAAUGAAUACAGAACAUCUUGAGAAUGUGCAAUCGGAAACUAUACCUAUAACUAAUGAAGAAAGUAUAUCAAAACGAGCAAAUCGUAAAUUGGAUCAAUAUUUAAAGCGUAAAGAAGCAAGACGUGUAACAAGGAAAGCGUGUAAAGAACGUCGUAAACUUCGACAACAACAACAACAACAGCAGCAGCAGCAACAACAACCACAACAAUCAUCUUGUGUUGUUGUUCAUGAUGUGAAUAAUGAUACUUGUAUAUCGACAGAAAAUAACCUUUCAAUUCCAAAUGAUACUUUUACUUCACACAAAAUUCAACGUUUAAAAAUGUCAGAAUCAUUGUGUCAAACUAAAGUUGUCAUUGAUUGUGCAUAUGAUCAUUUGAUGUCUUUCAAAGAUAUCUGUAAAUUGGCUAGUCAAGUUGCUAAUUGUUAUUCUAUCAAUAGACGUGCCAAACAUCCAGUUCAACUUUAUAUCACCGGUUUAGGUUCCAAUAACACCACAGAGACUAACAUCAGCAAUCAAGACAAUUUGUUGUCUGUAGAUAAAUGUUUAUCUACCCGGUUAUAUGAUAGAUUAAAGUUAAGCAACUGUGACAGUUGGGAUGUGAAUCUAUGUGAGGAUGAUUUUACUAAACUAUUUUCAGCUGAUAAAAUUGUUUAUUUAUGCGCUGAAUCAGAAUAUCUUCUACCAGAACAUUUUAAUACCAAGUACCAAACUAAUGAGACUAUUCAAUGUACUCAAAAUGAUAUUUAUGUUAUUGGUGGUUUAAUUGAUCAUAAUAGAUUAAAAGGAUAUUGUUAUCAACAAGCCAUUGAACGUGGUUAUAGAACAGCUAGAUUACCAUUAAAAGAAAUUAAUUUACAUAUUGAAGGUCGAUUUGUAUUAUCUACUCUACAUGUAUUUCAAGCAUUAUGUCCUGUAUUAUCCGGUACAAAAACUUGGUUAGAAAGUUUAAAACAAGCAAUACCACCAAGAAAGUUAAUGGUUUGUAUAUAAUUCAAUUGAUUAUGUUUUGAUUUAUUAUAUAUAUUCUCCACUUCAAAAAAA